GUGUGUGAGGAAGCAGUGUGGUUGUCGGCUCAGAGGUGUCAGAGCUGAAACACUUCCUCGUCCUUUUUCACUCUCAUCACACCGACCUGCAGAGAACAUCAACGGCUCACAGUCCACCUCAGCGCAGACUGACCUCACAUGUGACACACUGACUUCCCAUCAUCUUAUUUGACUUUUAUCUCAGUUAAAUAAAUAGUGUGAAGCCUGUGUGGGAUGUUAAGAAGCACUGGUGGAAAUUAUAAAAGCUGAUAACUUUGACUUUGGGUGUAGAAUAAUUCUUCCUGCCUUCUGAGUGAUGCCUCGUUCAUUUUUGGUGAAGCGAGGAGGGCUGCACCACCUUGGAAAAAAAGCAGGGUCCUGGGAUACAUCCCUGGGGUACUCCACAGCAGAAAUACAAGGUGAUAGUGCAGUGCCGGUCGCAUUACUGCAGCAGGACCUUUCUACUUCCAACCACUCUAACAGCCACCUUCAGCCAUUCAGUCCCAAAUCUUACGACUGUAGAUCUGCUGAGCUAUGCAGUCCCAUCAACUCAAAUACUUUUCGCCCUGUCGAGAAAGUCGAGUCUCGGUCUCCCACAGCAGCGGUAUGGUCCAGACCUCCUGUGAGCUCAGGACAUCCAGGAAAACUGUCUGUGGGACUGGCAGACUUCACUCAGCACCCUCACUUCCUGAGGGAGACCAGGAGCAGUGGCUGCUCUAAGAUCAGUGCUCCGAGGCAAGAGUGUCCGCUCUGUAGCAAAAUAUUUUCCUGUCUGUCAAGUUUGAAGACUCACAUAUGCAAGAGUCAUGGGAGCAGAGUACCAGCACACAUCAAGUCCAGUAGGACAGAUACUGCACGGUCACCAUGCAGGGGCAAGGACAGGACAUUUGGCUGUACAGUGUGUGGGAAAGUAUUCAAGCGCUCUUCCACCCUCUCCACUCAUCUGCUCAUACAUUCAGACACGCGACCAUACCCCUGCCAGUACUGUGGCAAAAGGUUCCACCAGAAGUCUGACAUGAAGAAACACACCUUCACACACACUGGUGAGAAGCCCCAUGUGUGUCAGAUAUGUGGAAAGGCGUUCAGCCAGAGCUCCAACCUCAUCACCCACAGCCGUAAACACAGGGACGACCGGCCCUACCACUGUCCACGCUGCCUCUACGGCUUCCAGCACAAAGUGGACCUCCGGCAGCACCAGGAGCACCACUGCACCUACCGCUGACUCUAACACAGCCGAGUCAACGUGUUCUCUCAUGUUAGAUAUAGUGUUUUAUAUUUAUAUGCAUAAAGGUUACUAUUAUCUGUGAUUUGUUUGAAGGUCCAGUGUGAAGGAUUUAGGGGAUUUAUUGGCAGAAAUGGAACAUAAUAAAAUGAAUGUGUUUUCUUUUGUGUAUAAUCACCUGAAAAUAGGAAUGGUUGUCUUUGUGUUACCUCAUAAUGAGCUGUUUAUAUCUAGGCUACAUUGGGAGUUAGUCCUUGUCACUGGAGUCCGCUAUGUUGCACCACCAUGUUUCUGUCCCAGAACAGACAAACCAAACACUGGCUCUAGAUCGAGCCUUUAGCCUUUUCAUGUUGGCCACAGCAGCCCCUCUACGACGAGCCCAACACCAUCUGAUUCUUAUGUGAAACUGCUUUAUUCAGCGUUUUCACCUGUUUAAAUCAGUAGUCUGUUUAUUUUGAAGAAAGGGAGACCUCUGCAGAUCAUUCAGCUCCAAGUAAAACUUCUUUAACAUCUGAGGCCGUAUUCACAAACAUUCUGAGAAAACUCUAAGAGAUCUCCUAACUAAGCCUAAAACUUUUAGUUAGGAGUCCUAGCUGAGGAGUGAUUUAGGAAAGUUCUCAGAGCAACUCUGAGCAAGGAAGGGACAGAAACUUCAGUGGGAUGGUGUGGUUGACCCCGUUGCUAGGUGUAAUGUAUUCUCUUAACAGGUGUGAUUGGUUGUCACAGACACACCCUUUAGUGAGCCUGCAAGGUGUGGACACCCAGUGGAAAUGAAAUGAACUGCUGACUGUAGACAUGUUGUCAUUGUUAGUGUGAUCACUCUGCUGAUGGAAGGUUGAGACAGACUCAAGUCAUCACUGCUGCAUUUUUCCAGCUUCCCAAAUAUCUUGCUAUUGUGAUCAUUUUAUUUCUGGUGUGAUAUAUCCCUAAUGACACCAACCACAAAUAUUAUCCCUGCAUGAUCUAAUCUGUAGCACCUCAUUUAGUCACUGACACCCAGCGCUUGGAGAAUAUUUCUCUGACCUUUGUCUUUCCACCAUUUUCUUUCUUAAGCCUCUUAAAAGUCCUCUUCUCUACUCCUAACAGUUUUACACCUUAAGAGCUCUUUUAAGGUCUUAGAUGCUCUGUGAAUAACUUUAAUCUUUACAAGACCUAGUCUUAACUUUAAGGGGAAAUUCAAAGAAAACGUCGCAAUUCUGAGAAUUUUCUUAGAAUUUUGUCACUAGGAGCAGCUCUUUGUAGGAGGAAGCUUUGUGACUACAGCCCCUGGUCUGUUUAUUUUGGAGAGGAAGAGACCUCUGCAGAUAAUUUGGCUCCCGAUGAAGAUCUCCUCAACAAUGAGCACUGAAGGAAGGGGACAAAGGAAAGCUUUCCUAGGGCAAUGAAUGUACUAGGUCAACACUGCUAACUGGGAGUUUACACUCGGCACAUGGAAAAAGUUUCAACUACAUGCAAUCUGCAACCUCACCACUGCAUGCCACUAAAUCCUACACAGUGCUCCUUAACUAAACAUCAUGUCACAAGCAGAAAUAAUGAAUGGCCUUACUAAAGGUGAUUCAGUUUAUAAGAGAUGGGAGUUUUUCUGGGAAAUUUAUUUCCUCGUGAGAUUUGUCUAUACAGAUUAGUGAUCAUGUGAGGGCAGAAGCUGAUGUGCAGCUGAACUUUACUUUCCCUUUACCACAGAUGUAACACUGUGGAAAGGGUAGCUUUGACACAGACUGGUGACACUGAAUGAUUUCAUUAAAUCUCUCUCUUUAAAAGCAGUGGAAAUUUUGCGGGCCAGUUACUGAAAUCUGUGGAGGCAGAAUACAGGCUUUUAUUUACUUUCAACAUUACUCAGAGUAAUUGCAUGAACAACAUUUUAUUUGUGAGUUUUUCAAACUUCAGACCCCAUAAAAUAUACUUUUAUUCUUCAUGUUCUCAUGAUGCACAGUCAAAGGUUCAGCACUGAGGACAGCAGAUGCUCGCUGAUAGGGGGUUUCCUUCCUGUGCAGGAUGACAAAACUGUAAUGCCCAGUGUAAGGGACCGAGCUGGCAGACAAGAGGAGACUCAGGUGGUUUUCAAAAGAGGGCUUUUAUUUUACCCAAAAAAUGAAAAGAAAAAAAAAAGACAAAAUAUAUAAUUAAAGUUCUGGGCCCAUAAAAGAGGUUAAAUGAACAGAACUCAACUGAAGUGACCUUAACACCACCAACAGACCUUACAAAGUGGACACAAUGGGGAACAUAUACAUAUAUAUACACACACACACAUAUAUAUAUAUAUAUGAGGUGGCAGGCAUUGGUACGGCCCAGUUGGCCACUUCCUGUAUUUAACAGUUUCAGUUCCUGGGGCAGAUCCUUUGCUCGGGCGUGGCCAGAUGUCCUUCAGGAGCAGCACCUCCACACUGGUAACUCAAGAAAUGAAAAUUAGAACAACUUAAAGAAAGUAGUGACUGUACAAAAGUUAACCAAAUGUGCGCGCUACAAAUAGAAACUAAUGUACUGUCAAAACUGUAAAAUAAAAUGAGUAUGAUGUAUGAAACAAAA